GGGGCGGGCAGGUAGGGCCGCGGCCCCAAACAGAAAAGCCCGCAGCCAUUGCGCGCUUCCCAGGGGUGCAGCCGGCGUGGGAGCGGCUGCCUCCCGCCCCCAGGAGAGGCAAAAAAGAAGGGGGGUGGAAGGAAAGGGGUGCCCGAGCGUCUUCCCCCGUGCCAAAUCCCCAGGGAGCCGGGCUGCAGGUGGGGGCUGUACCACUCGGGUCUUGCUUGGAAGCGCCUCGAGCGGGGAAAGUUUGUGGCCUCUUCUUUUCCUUCUCCUCUCCCUCGCUUUCCCCCUUUGUUUUUUUUUCCCCCUUCCCAUCCUUUCCCGCUUCCCCUGGCCCGGCGGCACCAUGACGGCGUCUCCCGACUACCUGGUGAUCCUCUUUGUGACCACGGCGGGCACCAACGGGGCGAGGCUGGGCUCGGAUGAGCGAGAGCUGCUCCAGCUCUUGUGGAAGGUGGUCGACUUAAGGACUAAGAAGCUGGGGCACCCGCACGAUGUGCUGGUCCGCCCCGACCACCCGGAGCUGACGGCUGAGUGCCAGGAGGUCACCAAGGUGGACGUGGAGAGCCUGCCGAUGGCUCCGUCGCUGGAGCAGGCGCUGAGACAGUUUAAUCAGUCUGUGAGCAAUGAGCUGAACAUCGGUGUAGGUACUUCCUUUUGUUUCUGUACUGAUGGACAGUUGCACAUUAGACAGGUUCUGCAUCCUGAGACUUCCAAAAAGAAUAUCUUACUGCCUGAAUGCUUCUACUCCUUUUUUGACUUGCGGAAAGAGUUCAAGAAGUGUUGCCCUGGCUCACCUGACAUCAGCAAACUGGAUGUUCCGGCCAUGACAGAAUAUUUAAAUCUUGACAAGAACAGUUCAGCACUCGCCUAUGGAGCCUCUCGAGUUGAAGAUAUGGGGAACAUUAUUUUAACACUAAUAUCUGAACCAUACAAUCACAGGUUUUCAGAUCCGGAAAGAGUGAACUACAAAUUUGAAAGUGGGCCUUGCAGCAAGAUGGAGCUUGUGGACGACAACGCUGUCAUCCGGGCGAGAGGGCUCCCUUGGCAGUCAUCUGACCAGGACAUAGCAAAGUUCUUCAAAGGCUUAAAUAUUGCCAAGGGAGGUGCUGCACUCUGCCUCAAUGCCCAAGGCAGGAGGAAUGGGGAGGCUCUCGUCAGGUUUGUAAAUGAAGAGCAUAGAGAUCUAGCACUGCAGAGACACAAGCAUCACAUGGGAAACCGAUACAUUGAGGUAUACAAGGCAACAGGUGAAGAUUUCCUGAAGAUUGCAGGAGGCACUUCCAACGAGGUUGCACAGUUCUUAUCAAAAGAAAACCAAGUGAUAGUCAGGAUGCGAGGUCUUCCUUUCAACGUGACAACAGAAGAAGUACUGGCGUUCUUUGGCCAGCACUGCCCUGUAACAGGAGGGAAGGAGGGAGUCCUAUUCGUCACAUACCCUGACAGCAGGCCAACAGGGGAUGCCUUUGUGUUGUUUGCUUGUGAGGAAUAUGCACAGAAUGCACUGAAAAAGCAUAAGGAUUUGCUUGGAAAAAGGUACAUUGAACUCUUCAGGAGCACUGCAGCAGAAGUUCAGCAGGUGCUGAAUAGGUACUCUUCCACACCUCUCAUUCCUCUCCCAACACCUCCUAUUCUUCCAGUAUUACCUCAGCAAUUUGUGCCUCCAACUAAUGUCAGAGACUGCAUACGUUUGCGUGGACUUCCCUAUGCUGCCACUAUUGAGGACAUCCUGGAGUUCUUGGGGGAGUUCUCUACAGACAUUCGGACCCAUGGUGUUCACAUGGUGCUAAAUCACCAGGGACGUCCAUCGGGAGAUGCUUUUAUUCAGAUGAAAUCUGCAGACCGAGCUUUCUUGGCUGCACAGAGGUGUCAUAAGAAGACUAUGAAGGACAGAUACGUUGAAGUCUUUCAGUGUUCUGCUGAAGAGAUGAACUUUGUGUUAAUGGGGGGCACUUUAAAUCGAAAUGGCUUGUCCCCACCACCAUGUAAGUUACCAUGCCUUUCACCCCCUUCUUACUCCUUUCCGGCUCCUUCUGCGGUUGUGCCAACAGAAGCUGCUCUAUAUCAACCAUCUGUACUCCUGAACCCGCGGACGCUCCAGCCCUCCACAGCAUACUACCCUGCUGGGGCUCAGCUCUUCAUGAACUACACGGCGUACUACCCCAGUAUGCAGCAGAGGAUGGACUUGUACGCACAAGUGAUCCGGCCAGGAGAGUGUCCAAAGAAUGGAUUUGCAUUUAAAGGUCCCAGCAGUUAGACUUCCUUAGAGAAGAUUCCUCCAACCUUUCUGGUGGCUCAAAGAACUGCAGCAAGCCUAGAGUGGAGAUCCUGAUUAUAUUCCCUGGUUUGCCACUGCUCAAACCAGUUGUGCUCAAGAGAAGUCAUCAGAAAUUUGGGAAUCGUCAUAUGGACUUCUAAGUCUUUAUGUUAGUGCACAAUUUUCACAGGUACACACGUUGUCAUCAGAUCACCAAGCCCUUCACUGAGAGCACGGAUGCUGAACUCACACAAUUCCUCCAGGCUUCUUGUUGAAUAAAUAAAGUAUUACACUGCUCUUAACAUAGAAAUAGUUUAGCCUGGACUUACAAACUCUAGUAAUAGAUCCUUUGGAAUAUAGAAGAGCUUUUUAAACUAACCUUGCACACACAUCAAACUUAAAAUGUUUUUUGUAUUUGAUAUUUUUAUUACAGUGUUUUCUUGUCUUGUA